CGCCCCGCAUCGCCCGCCCCCCCAUAGGUCGCCCCUCCACUUCCAAGUCGCCCGCUCGCCCCCUCCUCCUCCUCCACCUCCCAUGAAACCCUAGUUCCCCUCCAAAACCCUGCCCCCAGCAGCCGCGCCCGCUCGCCAUGUCGCCGCCGCUCCAAGCGCCGGACUACAGGUAUGUCACCGAGGAGUGCCUCCGCGAAUGGAAGGGCCAGUCGGCCGCCGCCUUCCGCCUCCCCGAUCCGGUCCCCAUGGCCCGCUUCCUCUACGAGCUCUGCUGGGCGAUGGUGCGAGGGGACCUGCCGCCCCAGAAGUGCCGGGCGGCGCUGGAUUCGGUGGUCUUUGUGGAGGAGGCGCGGCAGGAGGAGUCCGCCUCCGUGCUCGCCGACAUCAUCGCACACCUAGGGCAGGAUAUUACCAUUUCUGGUGAAUAUCGCAGCCGUCUUGUCAAAAUGACUAAGUCGCUCGUGGAGUCUUCAUUGAUUGUGCCUAGGCUUCUUCAAGAGCGAUGUGAAGAAGAGUUCCUAUGGGAGGUUGAACUGAGUAAGUCAAAAGGCCAGGAUUUGAAAGCCAAGGAGGUCAGAGUCAACACACGACUUCUUUAUCAGCAAACUAAAUUCAACCUUGUAAGAGAGGAAAGUGAGGGCUACGCCAAGUUGGUAACCCUACUUUGUCAAGUAGGUUCAGAUUUGGCUUGCCAAAAUGCUUCUUCAGCAACUAUCAGCAUUGUAAAGUCAUUAAUUGGACAUUUUGACCUGGACCCGAAUCGUGUAUUUGACAUUGUGUUGGAAUGUUUUGAACUCUAUCCAGACAACAGUAUCUUUUAUCAGCUUAUACCUCUUUUUCCAAAGUCCCAUGCUGCUCAAAUUUUGGGGUUUAAAUUUCAAUAUUAUCAACAAUUGGAUGUAAACAGCCCUGUUCCAUCUGGUCUUUUCCGAAUAGCAGCGCUGUUGGUCAAAUCUGGCCUUAUUGACCUUGAUAAUCUCUAUGCUCAUUUACUUCCGAAUGAUGAUGAGGCGUUUGAGCAUUUUGGCUCCUUUGUUUCAAGGAAAAUUGAUGAGGCUACUAAAAUAGGCAAAAUAAAUCUUGCUGCUACUGGAAAGGACCUUAUGGAUGAAGAGAAGCAAGAAAUAACGAUCGAUCUAUACACAGCACUGGAGAUGGAAAAUGAUAUAAUUGAUGAACGAGCCCCUGAGAUAGAAAAGAACCAGAAGCUUGGACUUCUUCUUGGUUUCCUCUCAGUCCAUGAUUGGGACCAUGCACAGCUACUAUUUGAACGUCUUGCGCAGCUAAAUCCUGUCGAGCAUGUUGAAAUUUGUGAUGCUUUAUUUAGAAUUGUUGAGAAGACUAUUUCGUCAGCCUACAGUACAUAUUGUCAAACACAUCAUAAAAUCACCCGUAACAUGGACACUCAUAUGAUGGAUGCAUCAUCUGUCUCUUCACCAAGUUAUUUGGUUGAUCUGCCAAAGGAGUUUUUCCAAAUGCUUGUCGCAUGUGGACCAUACCUUCACCGUGACACACAAUUAUUCCAGAAGGUUUGCAGAGUGUUAAAGGUGUAUCAUGCCUCGUCAAAAGAAUCAGCCCGUACAGCAGGUGUAAUGUCUCCAGAAUCUCAGGUUGAAGAAGCACUUGGGUCAUGCUUGCUUCCUUCAUUGCAGCUUAUACCUGCCAAUCCUGCUGUUGAUAUGGAGAUAUGGGGAGUUCUUUCCCUUCUUCCUUAUGAGGUGCGCUAUCGUUUGUAUGGUGAGUGGGAGAAGGACACUGAACAAAACCCAAUUGUCCUUGCUGCAAGGCAAACAGCAAAGCUGGACACCAGACGGCUCUUAAAACGGCUGGCCAAGGAAAAUCUGAAGCAGCUUGGCCGCAUGGUGGCUAAACUUGCUCAUGCAAAUCCAAUGACUGUGCUUCGGACAAUUGUCCAACAGGUUGAAGCAUACAGGGACAUGAUAAAUCCAGUUGUGGAUGCUUUUAAAUACUUGACUCAGCUGGAAUAUGAUAUCUUGCAAUAUAUUGUAAUCGAACGGUUGGCUCAAGGUGGUCGUGAGAAAGUAAAGGAUGACGGCCUUAACCUGUCAGAUUGGCUUCAGUGUCUGGCAUCAUUCUGGGGACACCUCUGCAAGAAGCAUCUUUCCAUGGAGCUUAAAUGCCUCUUCCAAUACAUAGUUAAUCAACUGAAGAAAGGAUUGGGUACUGAGCUUGUUGUACUUGAGGAACUCAUUCAGCAAAUGGCAAAUGUACAGUACACUGAGAACAUGACUGAUGAACAGGUUGAUGCUAUGGCAGGAAGUGAAACAUUGCGGCUUCAAUCUUCGCUGUUUGGAUCAACACGGAACUAUAAGGUCCUGAAUAAGUCUACUAACAAAUUGCGGGAUUCUUUGCUUCCAAAAGAUGAACCUAAACUUGCAAUUCCUCUACUACUGCUCAUUGCCCAACACAGAUCCAAGAUUAUAAUAAAUGCAGAUGCCACAUAUAUCAAAAUGGUUAGCGAGCAGUUUGAUAGAUGCCAUGGAAUACUGCUUCAGUAUGCCGAGUUUCUUUCAAGUGCUGUAGCUCCAUCAACCUAUGUUCAACUAAUACCUCCGCUGGAAGAUCUAGUUUAUAAAUAUCAUAUCGAGCCAGACGUUGCUUUUCUUAUAUACCGGCCUGUAAUGAGGCUUUUCAAAAGCGCUAACGGUGGCGAGGCCUGUUGGCCUCUGGAUGACAAUGAAGAAGGGGAGUCUGUAUCAUAUGAUGAAAUGAUCUUGCAUGGCGAUUCAUCUCAGAAGUCAAUCAUGUGGUCAGAUCUUCUCAACACAAUCCGAACAAUUUUGCCAGCAAAAGCCUGGAACGGUCUUUCACCUGAAUUGUAUGCUACUUUCUGGGGUUUGACACUGUAUGAUCUUAAUUUUCCAAAAGAUCGUUAUGAUGCGGAAAUUAAGAAGCUGCAUGAAAAUCUCAAACAACUUGAAGAUAACUCAGAUAACUCUAGCAUUGCAAUAUCACGGCGUAAGAAGGACAAGGAGAGAAUCCAAGAUUUGCUGGACAAAUUGAACAAUGAAUCUGACAAGCAUCAACAGCACGUUAUAUCAGUGCUCCAAAGGCUAACCCGUGAAAAGGAUAAAUGGCUGAGUUCCAGUCCGGAUGCACUGAAGAUCAACAUGGAAUUUCUCCAGCGGUGCAUAUAUCCACGCUGUGUUCUUAGCAUGCAGGAUGCUGUGUAUUGUGCUACAUUCGUCCAGAUGAUGCAUUCACUUGGGACUCCAUUUUUCAACACGGUGAAUCAUAUUGAUGUUUUCAUCUGCAAGACACUACAGCCAAUGAUCUGUUGUUGUACCGAAUAUGAGGCUGGCAGGCUUGGAAGGUUUCUUCAUGAGACCCUGAAGAUGGCUUACCAUUGGAAGAGUGACGAAUCAGUAUAUGAGCGUGAAUGUGGAAAUAAGCCGGGAUUCGCUGUAUACUUCAGAUUUCCAAAUAGUCAACGUGUAUCUUAUCCUCAGUUCGUUAAAGUUCAUUGGAAAUGGAGUGGAAGAAUUACCAAGGUGCUUAAUCAAUGUAUGGAAUCAAAAGAAUACAUGGAAAUCAGAAACGCCCUUAUUGUGCUCACAAAGAUAACUAGUAUUUUUCCUGUCAUGCGAAAAAGCGGUAUCAACAUCGAGAAAAGGGUUGCGAAGCUAAAGGGGGAUGAGAGGGAAGAUCUGAAAGUACUGGCCACUGGUGUAGCUGCUGCUCUGGCAGCUCGCAAGAGUUCAUGGGUAUCUGAAGAAGAGUUUGGCAUGGGUCACCUUGAUCUGAAGCCAGUACCUGCAAAACCUAUUGCUGGAAAUCAGUAUGCAGAUCCCUCGACAGCAAAAGAUCAUAGCGUCCGUGCAAAAUCUGUAGAGGGUAGGCAUGAAAGGUCAGAAAAUGCAAUGAAGCCUGAUGCUCAUAAGAAGAAUGCCUCGACUACAAACGGAUCUGAUAUUCAAAUGCCAUCUUCCUCUGCACAAGGAAAAGGUUCAGGGCUUGUACGUGGUGUAGAUGAACCUCCAAAACUUUUGUCCGAUGAUGGAGUUAAAGUCUUGAAGCCUACUGCAGAACCUGAGACAAGAGCGCCACAAAAGCGUGCUGUACAAAAUGCUGCAAAGGUAUCUAAGCACGAUGUGGUGAAGGAAGAUGGAAAACCUGGGAGAUCUACUAGCAGGGGUCUUAAUCAACAAGCCUGUGCUAUUCCUGUUGACAGAGAAGUAUUGUCUCAGGCAGCUGAUGGUGUGCUGGAUACUAAUCCCACUAGUCCGUUGGUUGGCACAAAUGGUAAUGUACAUCCGGCACCACGAAAGGUAUCUGCAUCCUCCCAAAGAUCAACAGUAUUGGCUGCACAUAGCGGUGGAACAGCUAAUCCCACCGGUGAAGGUGAAUCUGCUGACUUGAUUGAUUCUACCGUGAAACAGCAAAAAAGAUCUGUUCCCGUUGAAGAACAAGAGAGGACAGGUAAACGAAGGAAAGGAGAGAUUGAAGGCAGGGAUGGUGACUUGACAGAGCACCAUACGGACAAAGAAAAAAAAUUGGACCCGCGAUCAGUAGAUAAAUUUCGUUCUGUGGAUCAUGAGAGAGGUGCUAGUGAGGAACAAAACCUAAUUCGGACAGAGAAAUUAAAAGAAAAGUUUGAUGAUAAAUAUGACAGAGAUCAUAGAGAAAAAGCAGAUCGGUCUGAGAGGCGCCGUGGAGAAGACGUGGUUGAACGACCAACAGACAGAUCAUUGGAAAGGAGAGAGCGUUCUAUUGAAAAGAUGCAAGACAGAGUUCCUGAAAAAGGAAGAGAAGACAGGAAUAAGGAGGAGAGGAACAAAGUUAAGCAUGAACCCAUAGAUCGAGCACAUACUAUUAAGAAUGAACCCAUAGAUCGAGCAUAUACUAUUAAGCAUGAACCCAUAGAUCGAGCACAUACUUCUGAUGAACGCUUCCGAGGGCAAAGCUUGCCACCACCUCCACCUCUUCCAACUAGUUUUGUACCCCAAUCAGUCGCUGCUAACCGAAGAGAUGAAGACAGUGACCGAAGGGGCGGCAGCACCAGGCAUACCCAACGGUCGUCUCCCAGGCGUGAUGAGAAAGAAAGGUGGCACUUGGAGGAGAAUGCUCCGCUCUCGCAGGAUGAUGGGAAGCACAGAAGAGAGGAAGAUCUUCGGGAUAGAAAGCGUGAAGAUAGGGAUGUUUCAUCAAGCAAGGUAGACGACAGGGAUAGGGACAAAGGUAAUACUGUGAAAGAAGAUAGUGAUCCUAAUAGUGCAUCCAAACGGCGGAAGAUCAAAAGAGAACAGUCUGCUUUGGAAGCUGGGGAAUAUGCGCCUUCUGCUCCACAGCCUCCGAGCGUUGGACCUGGUAACUCACAGUUUGAAAUACGAGAGAGAGAAAGAAAGGGUGCUAUUUCACAGCAUCGGCCAUCACAUGCUGAUGACCUUCCUAGGAUGCAUGCCAAGGAUUCAACAAGCAAGACAAGUCGUAGAGAGGCUGACCAAACACAUGAUAGAGAGUGGGAAGAGGAGAAGAGGCCAAGGACUGAAGCAAAAAGGAAGCAUCGGAAGUAGGUUCCUGCGGGUGUCUUGAUGAUUGUCACAUAACAAGAUUUCACUUGGCGACGCGCAGCUGCGAACAAGCCGUUUUCUUGUAGCAGGAAGAUGUAUCUGGGCAUAUUUGAACCAUUCGGCGUGUAUGCCGUUUGCUGGGGCUUAAGGGGACCAAAAGGAUAAACCCUUCAGCAGUGCUUCGUCUAUGCUGCCCAGAUGCAAAUUGUUGCGAACAAUGUUGAUUGCAAGGAACAUAUAUGGUCGGUUAUACAAGUCGUUAUAAACAUUUUAGCAAUGUGGAAUGUAAGGAACAAUACUAUGGGCCAUACCAUCAACUUAGACGGAUUUGCUGUAAACAAGGAUGAGCAGUUUGUCGGCCAGCUAUUUUUGUAAUUCAUUUUGUACUAACUGCAGAGUUUUGCUGUGGGAAGCAUUUGGGCUUCCUUUUUUGCACCGUCUAGGAGGAAUAGCAGGGGGGUUGUGAGUAGGUUGUACAUGUACAGUUACAAUGGUAGCAUGAACCGUCGUGCUCUAGAUGUUAAACUGAGAUGGUUGCGUGAACCGUCGUGUUCUAGAUGUUAACUGAGAUGGUUGCGUGAACCGUCGUGUUCUAUAUGUUAACUGAGAUGGUUGCAGUUCA